CUCAGAAACCGGAAGUUGUUAACCGGUUUUGUCAGAAAAGACUGGACUGUUGUGUAGUUUACUUAAAACAUUUAACGUGGAAAGAAAGAGAUUUAAAUAAAAUUCAGUUUCACGUCCCGAUGAAUAACGUGAGGCCGUGUGUCGUAAAAACAACUGAAUAAUGGGUUAAAACAGAAGUUAGCCCGUAGCUCACUGGCUUACUCCAGCUCGUAUCCUGUGUUGGCUGAAGCUAGCAGCUAAACAACAAAACCCCAGAAGAAACUGUUAAACUUUGAAGAACCUACAAAAUGGAUGUCAGCAUUGCUGUAUCACUGAUUAGAGGCCAGAUGGGCUCUGUGGUUGAACGGGCUGUGAACGGAGCGGUGGAGACGGUGCUUGCCGAGAUGCUCAAAGUGGUAGGAGUCAAGUUUGAGGAGGUGAAAACCCAGCUGGCUCUGAUGAAGAGGGACGUCACAGCGCUGCAGAGGGAGAAAGCCCUGAAAGAGAAGGAGAAUGACAACAUCCGUGCCAAGCUGCGCUACACUGAGCUGAAGCUAAAGUACUACAGGCAGGGGGUGGAGGAGGAGCUGCAGCAGAGAGCCUCUGCCUCCACUCUCGUCCGCAUCCACCCUUCCUCCUUCCCUCAGCCGCAGACAGAAGCUGCAGGCCUUUCGUCCACUGACACUUCGCCAUCAUGUUCGACUCAGAACAGGACCACUGAGGGAUCACUGAUGAAAUGUAAUCAAGAAUGCACCUCGCCACAGAGCACAACCAGGCGUCCCCUGAGAGUGCGUUAUCAGUCAGAUGCAGGAGGUACCAGCUCUGACCCGUCUGACUUGCUGCUUCCUGUCUCUCUUUCUGAGAACACACCUGCAGAGUCUCUGGACAGCAGCAUAGAACAAGAAGCAGUCGAGAGUGUUAAUGAUUUUCUGGCUCCUCCUACUGUCCAGACCUUGACUUUGGUUUUGGGGAAGAAGUCAGCAACUCAACCGCUGUGCCCUCAUGGUUCUAUUCAGGCUGUCAGCUCCACACUGCCCUUCUCUGCUCCACAGUCCUGGUCGUCUCCUGUUGUGAUGCAGAUGAAGCAGGAGGCCCAGCAGCAGCCGGGGGAGGAAGAGGUUGUGAUCUGUAUCAAGGAGGAGCCUGAAGAGGAGCAGCAAGUUAUGGCAACCUUAGGGUUGGACUACCAGGUGCAGCAGACACUUUCAGGGUCAGAGGGUCAAAGUUCAGUGACAGAGCUUCAACCAAGCCAAGCAACUAAAGCCACAGCCUUUGGCUCAAGUGGAACAAGCAACUACCUGAUGCUUCAGCCCAUAGGCUCCCUGCCAUCGAUGGUGACCCUGCCCACCGGCAUCCCACCUUUCCAGGAAGGGCGACCUUGGUCUAAAAACCUUAGCUUUUAUGAACAAUACAAACUACGUAGGAACGAGCUCCAGCAGCGACGACUCAACAGGCGCAGAGAGCAGGAGGAAACACUGCCCCAGCCACUGCUGGCAGAUAUGUUGCGAGAGCGUCGAGAGAAGACCAGGCUGAGGGUGGCCAGAUGGAGAGCAAAAAGGAAACUCCAGUUCUGUUUGAACCAGACUCAGGGUCUAGGUGGCGCUGCAGGUCUUUCUCAACCUUUUGUUCCCAGCAGGAGCAAACAUCCGGAGGGCAGAGAAUCUUUUGCUUCCUCCAGUGUUCAUCGUAGACUGAGCUCCACACUGCCUCAGUCCAGCAGCUUCCUUGACCACAACAUGUCUGUGACAAACACCAUCACCACUGCUCUGCCCUUUAUAACCUCCGUUUCCUCUUCUCUGCUCCCGGGAAGCUCCAUCAUGUCUGCACACCAGCACACUGUGACAUCAACGUCCUCAUCCUCGUCCUACCCCCAGAUCAAACAGAACUUUUCUCUGACAGAUGCAGAUAUCUUACAGUGAAAUGAUAAAAGUCACAACUGUGAGGGUGCACACAAUAAUAUGACGUAUCAUUGAUGUUCAACAGAGGUCAGAGGUGGAUUAGUGAUGCGACACAGUGUUAUUGUUUUAAGUGAGAACUGUGACGUUAAGUAUUACUUAUUUAUUUUUCAGGUCAAAAUUAAGUCGAAAACUAAAUUAAACAUAACAACUCUGACAAAAAGUUUAUUUACUUCAGCACGUAAAGACUUGACAAUAAUGAGAAGGAAUAAAACUUGAAAUCAUGCUGUAGCCUAACUAGAAUGUCAAUUAGUAGAACUCAUGCCUCCAGAAAAAUGUUUUAAUUCAAUUGUUCAUGGGGUAGGCUGUGUGUACAUACAGCAAAGCUUCAACACAGAAGCAUGAAUUGGGUUCUAAUGAGAAGAGAUGAUAUAUUUAUCAAUGGCGGAUCUUUAUCAGUUGCCAAAUACAGACUCAAAACCUUAAAAGAUUACAUUGUAAAAAAUCCUUUACUCUCAAUUAAUAUCUUUUACACUUGCAUCCAACUUCAACAGAAUAAAAAACAGUCGCUGGAAGCAUAAAAUCAAAUUCAUUCAAAUAGUCAUAUAAACAACUUCAACAUCCAGAAUUUUAUACUUAAAUCAUUUCAUUCAAUCAAUCAAAUUUUAUUUGUAUAGCCCAUAUUCACACAUCACAAUUUGUUUCAUUGGGCUUUAACAAGGCGUGACAUCCUCUGCCCUUAACCUUCAACAAGAGGAAGGACAAACUACUACAUGAUUUGUUUGUUUGUGUAAAAUUAUGUAGAAACCUUCAAUAAUAUAUGUUAUUGAUUGACUGAAGUCAUAAACCUGAAAAAAGUU